AUGCAAGUACUAGAAAAAUGUUGGGCGGCUUUUCGAUUCUGUACUUUACGGCCUAUACAUGAAGAUGAGCUCGACAGAAAACUCCACGGCGAGCAUGCGGAACGAAAAGACUAUCGAUUGCACAACGUUGAGCGUCUGCUAGCCAUACCAGUCACGGUCGCCAUAAUGGCUGUGGUGGGCUGGACCUGCGUGGGUUGUUUUAUUGUUCACUUCUAUAUGCCUGAUCAUGACACUACUGCCACUUUCUAUUUCAUUUUCAAUUCACUAGCCACUAUUGGUCGACAAAAUCAGCUUGAUACGGCCCACACGAUAGCCAGUUUUGACAGUUAUGAGGAACUGGGCAUAAGCAGUGACUGCCCUCUAAAUCACUUCGCCACACUCGGUAUUUUGCAGACCGAUGACAAAUGUCCAUUGCUUGGGAUAGCUCGACGAGAAUUCGCCUAUAUGGAUGCAAUUACACAAACCGAAAAGACAGUGCCGCAUGGAUACCAGGCCACGCCUCCACCACCCAGCCCAUCGGCCGUGCUACUACCGUAUCCCCACACCUCUCAUGAAGACGUCAACUCGCUUAUCGUCGAAACAUACGGUGUUAAACCGGCAAGACAAAUUAGUUAUCCACGGAAAUAA